AUUUGAAAAGAUAGAUAUUUUAAGACAUUUUUCAAUUGUUGUUAUUGCUACUUAUACGUGGUAUAUUAUUUCGUUCUGCACCAUAAUAGUAUAUUAUGGUGAAAAUAUAUGAAUUAUGGUAUUUACACUGUGAUAGUACUUGAGGUAUCAAGAACGGUAAAGUUUAUUUUACCGAUCGAAGACAUUGGAGCUAUGAAACUGGAUUUCAAUUAAUGUCUGAGAUCGAUAAUAAUUCUUGACGUUAGCGAUGUUUAUAGCUUCUUUUCAGUAUUUUUUUUAUUGAUUUGGAAAAAUUCAUUUCCAUCUAAUUUACUAAUUACCUAAACUUGUACCAGCUCUAAGAUUCAGAGAGGUCUCGCAGAGGCAUAAGUGAGUUGGAAUAAAAAACAAUUAGAAUAAUAUGAAAGGGAUAUUAUUUAUGCUAGAUCAUUUUUGAAUAUCAUUAAUACUCAAGACAUUAUUUCCAAAAAUAAUUCUACUCAUCUAUAUAACUAGAUGAUUAUACGUUUAAAUUCAAUGAAUGAGUCUUAUAGACUUGAUUUAAGUUCAGAAAAUACCUGAAUUUCAUUGAAUGUGGAAUAUAAUUAUUAGAUGAGAAUGAAAGCCGAUGACUCCCAGAGUCUUGCAAUAAUUGAUUAUAACUAGGCGACGUUUAGAAUGCUUCUUAGAGGAAUGAAUUAAUCUAAAAUAUUUGAUGGGGAAAAUGUCAGGGUAAGGGGAAAAUCAUUAUUUGUUUAAUUCAAUUUUGGAAAUAGUUCACUGCAUCAUAUUUUAUGGAAUAACUUCGCGAAAUUAAUGAACAAACCAAUUAAAUGGACAUUCUGUGAAGUUCUAGCAAUUUAGAAUAACCCGCAUUAAUGCGUGAACUGUUAAUUAAGCGCUUAGAGAAGAGCAAUAAUAAUACUCGCUUCAUUUUAAUUGAUCUUAAGAAGUGAACCGUUGAAGAUGGGUUUAAGGCAUCUAUUUAUGUACUAUACGUUAAAUUAUGUUUCAACAGUUUCAUGUCUUCAAAUAACUGAUUUGUUCGUACCAAGUGAAGCUACAGAUGAGGCAGUGUUAGAUUGUAGAUAUUCUUUAGAAUGGAAUGAAACAUUAUAUGAUGUUAAAUGGUAUAAAGAUGGAUCUAACUUCUUCAGAUGUCAACCGGAUGGAAAAAUAACAGAAUAUCCUGUUGACGGAGUGAAUCUUUUAAGCAAUUCUGAAUCAGCUAAAGUUGGAUCUUGCACUUUGAAGUUAAUAGAAUUGACUGACGACAGCACUGGUGAAUAUAAUUGCGAGGUCACUCUAGAUUUUCCAUUCCAUCAAAAAAUCAGAGCAUCUCAUUUACAAUUUGUAAAUGUCACCUCCAAUCGAAACGACAGCCUAAUAAUUAUAGAGGGUUCAGAACAAAUCAAUGCAGCGAGAAAAUCAACAAUUUCAGUCAUACUAAUCUUUUUUGUAUUACUUGUAAAUAUAUUUAUAAAAAACUGAAUUUGCAAACGA